CGGCCCUACUUUUUUUUUUCUUUUCCUUCUUUUUUCUCUCCUUCCUUCUUUUUCUUGGGCAUUAAUAUCUCUUCAUCUGUCCCCGUCGCGACUCUUUCAUUUCAUUCUUCUAUAUACUAGAUUACGCUCCGUGCGACGUGUAAAUACCGCAAAAAUGGUCGAGAAGCUCUACGUCACAUACAACGAUGUAAGGACAAUUUACCCCGCCACCCCGCCUUGAUGAUGGGUUGUGAUGCGCAUCAUGAAAAGUCCAGCUAUGCGACAGUAUUACGAGCUGGAUGGAACACUGUUUGCUGGCAGCAGUGCAAUAACGCAUAAAUCUCUGAUCACUAGCUAUGACACAAGAUACUCCAAAAUUCAGUUGCUGACAGCUACUCCAGGUGCACAAGAUGUGCCAAAAGUCCGCUGAGAAGCUUCUCGCCGACUUCCAGCCUCAGCUUCUGAUCGCCAUCGGUGGCGGUGGUUACGUUCCCGCUCGAAUCCUCCGAUCUUUCCUCAAGAAGGCCGGCUCUCCCAACAUCCCCAUCCAGGCCAUCGGUCUCUCUCUCUACGAGUCUCUCGGCAACGAUGAGGUCGAGGCCCCUGGCACAAAGGUCACCCGAACACAGUGGCUCGACUUGACCGCUCUCGGCGAGAUGGAGAACCUCGUCGGAAAGCGAAUCCUUAUCGUUGACGAGGUCGACGAUACCCGAACAACCCUCGAGUACGCUGUUAAGGAGCUUGAGAAGGAUGUUGAGAUUGCUCGUCAGCGCAUGGGCGAGGGCGCUCCUGCUCCCAAGACUGAGUUUAGCAUCUUUGUCCUCCACAACAAGGACAAGCCCAAGAAGGGAAAGCUCCCCGAUGACAUGCUCGCCACCCGUUACUCCGCUGCCGAGACUGUUGGAGACGUCUGGAUCAACUACCCCUGGGAGGCCAUCGACAUCGACGAGCAUGACAGGAACGCCAGCCUGCAGACCAAGAGCAACUAAGUGUUUUCUGAGAAUUUGGAGUUGGGAAAAUGGCGCACAGAUUUAAACAAGAUAUCAUAAACAUGAUGAAUGAGAUUCCUGAACUAUCGGUUCAAAAGAUUACCUAUACAAUGUUGCUACCCAAACAGCAUCAGACACAAACCAGAACCCGCUUGACCUAAAAUGCGAUGAAAUCUUGCGCCUGCUAACAUCUAAUACACUAGAUGCUCGAUUCUAUGUCGCCUUCCUCCUCCUCCAGAACUUCAGACUUAUUCUUUUCAGUUUGUCCUGGAUCUCGUUCAUAACUGGACUCGUGCCUGGACUUAUGAACGUCAGCUUGCGAAUGAAACGGGUCGGAUAGCCCUUGACGUAUUCCGUCGAGUUCUGUGCCAAGAUCUUCUCGCUUGCCAUAGCGUACGCCAAGGUGAAGCUCUCGUAAGCACACAUCGCCAGCCAGUACUGCUCCCCAACGGCCUUGUUUCGGGUUAUCGGAGAUCGCGGCCAUGCUGAGUUGUCAUAGACAGCUUUGGCCAUCGCCUUUGUUUCGUCUUGGCCUGAUUGCAGAGGCUUGCAGUCGCCAAAGUUGGUCAUCCACAGCUUCAUACGAUUUCUCUUGUCAGGUGCAAGAUAGAACUUGACGCCAGCUGCAUCUAACCUGCACUCCCAGUGGAGGAUUGCCAGAGCUAUGCCCAUCUGCUCACACCAUAUUUCCAGGGGUUCCUCUGCCUCACGCAUGAGCUGAUCGAGAUACACGGGGCGGGAAAGGAGUCUUGCACUUAUGGGUUCUUCUGGAGGUGACAUCAUGCCGAGGUGGACUCGAAACCUGACGUUCGACAGGUUCGGAUCAUCCUUGACUGACUCGCGAAUACUGGGAUCGAGAAAUGUGUCGACAAGAGCGCGGACGUGGACCGGGUGGAAAGGUGGAAUGAAGCUGGUAACAUAUCCUGCUGUUGCGAUAUCUUGUCCUUCAUGAUCAUGCUGGAUAAUCUCGGACUCAAAAUCCGGGAUGCAGAGCUGAGCAGGCCCAUCGAAUCGCCUGGGACGAUGCUUUCCUUUGUUCUUGUGACGACGUCCUGAUCCUGUGCUUCUUUGUGAUGGAGCAUCUUCGUGUACCUCAUAAAAGUCCCGUGUCGCUACGUCCCAUUCGAGACGCAUUUUCUUUACGACGGAUAUAUGGUUUUUCACCUCCUUCGUGAUAGCCUCAGGAUGGUUGGAUAUUUUGGCGGCAUAUUGUCUACAUCCGACUUGGACUGUGUGCAUGUUUGAGCCGUUGUGGGAGGGCGGCUUUGUGAGUUGGUAUUCCGCUGGAGAGCUUAAUGCCCAGAAGUACCAGUAGAUGCCACCGUCGUAAGAAGCGAGUUUGUCGGGAGGGCAGUCCCACUCUGUGCUGAGAGUGUAUUUGGGGUCUCUUCUCUGUGUCUCAGUCGUGUUGUCUACUUGUGUAAUUAGGGUAACGACGUCAGGGAGGCGGUUCAUUGAAGCGAGCAGCAUGGUGUUAUCGGGAGUGUCUGUUUCGCCAGCCAUGAUAAAGAGGUUGUUGAGGUUUCGCGGUGUUAGAGUGAAAUGGUUUGCUCGUGCUUCAGGAUAAACGCCCUUGGGGUGGAUGUGAAUCGUGGACGAAGCAGAAUAUGUUGAAGGUGCAAAAGAAUUGGCAAUAGAAACGGACCAGCACGAGUCUUAUAUACCAAGUCCAAAGUUUGCGAUACCAAAGUUCUCCCAUUCUGAAGGUUUAUAAUACAGAUGUUCAUGUCUAUAGUCUAAUCAUCAACUCUAUCAUCCAAGACCCCAAUAAAUAAAAUGCAAAAAAGGGGUAUAAGCUUUUCCACCGUGUCUCAACCCAACUAACCUUUCCAACCCACACUUCACUCAGUUCUCCUCGGUCCUUUCACUCUCAUGCCUCUUCUUCAAAAGCUUUUCCGUCUUCAUAAACUCUCUAAUCCCAACUGGCAAAUCCGCAUACAGCUCCUCGUCCCAAAAGUCCUUCGCAAUCUUGGCCUUGCCGACCUCUGGCGCGACCCAAUUCGACUCUGACCCUCCACCGUCCGAAUCCAUAGAUCCCUCGUGUUUUCUCAGCGCAGCUUGUGCCUCUGCGUUCUUGAGCUGCCACUCCUCCAAUUCAUCGCGGUACUGGUCAUACACGCAGUUCACACAGCCGCUCAUGCAGCAAUUAUCCGGCUCAACGGGCUUAGGCGGUACGAGAACGCCAGCUAUGUAUGUCGCUUUUGCUUGUCGUGCUGCUAGGCGCUCGUCUUUCUCCGCAGAGCCGAAGAGGCGUGAGCCAAAGACUAAACGUGCUUUUUCUUCUGGUGUUUGCACAGCGGUUUUCGUGGGGAACUCGGAUUGCACUGAGGGGUCUGCUGUUUUAGGGGGGACUUCUGGUUUGUCGAUUGGGAUUUGAGAAGGGUUGUUGAGGAUUACUUCGUAGUAUGGACCAAGGGAAUUGCGCUGCGGCCAGUCUUCUAUGCGUUUUGGUGCGGCGCUGACGAUGCUUCGUGAGGGUAUUAGGGGCCGUAACCGAGGUAGUAAUCUGGACGGUAAUGACAUUGUGAAUCGGCGCUGUCUAAUUGAUAUCUAUACGGGUAUGGUGCGAGGGGUUUUCGGGUGUUGAGAGAAGAGGAGUGGCGAGCGAAAAAGUGAGGAAGUUGGGUUGGUAAUGCAAAUAGCGAGAGCCGAGAAAGUUGGUGUUGAGGGUCGGAAGUCCGUCAUUUUUGCCU